AUGCAAUCAGUCAAUGAUACGAGGAUAUCAGAAUUCCUUCUUCUGGAAUUUUCAGAGGGACCAGAACUGCAGCCCCUCAUAUUUGGGCUCUUUCUCUCCAUGUACCUGAUCACUGUGUGUGGAAAUCUGAUCAUCAUUCUGGUUGCUGUCUCUGACUCCCAUCUCUAUACCCCCAUGUACUUCUUCCUCUCCAACCUGUCCUUUGCAGACAUCUGUUUCACCUCUACCACCAUCCCCAAGAUGCUGUGGAACAUCCAGACUCAGACCCAAGUCAUUACCUAUGCAGACUGCAUUACACAGAUGUACUUUUUCAUAAUUUUUUCAGGGUUGGACAUCUAUCUUUUGGCUCUGAUGGCCUAUGACAGGUUCGUGGCCAUUUGUCACCCCCUGCAGUACAUGGUCAUCAUGAACCCCCGGCUCUGUGGAUUGUUGGUUCUCAUGUCCUGGAUCAUGAGUGUCUCACACUCCUUGUUACAGACCUCAAUGGUGUUGCGGCUGUCCUUCUGUACAGAGGUGGAAAUCCCCCACUUUUUCUGUGAACUCAAUCAGAUGAUCCAACUUGCGUGUUCUGACACCUUUUUUAAUAAUAUGGUGAUGUACUUUGCAGCUAUGCUGCUGGCUGGUAGUCCACUCUCUGGGAUCCUUUACUCUUAUUCUAAGAUCGUUUCCUCCAUUUGUAGAAUCUCCUCAGGUAAGGGAAAGUAUAAAGCUUUUUCCACCUGUGCAUCUCACCUCUCUGUUGUCUUAUUAUUUUUUUGUACCAGCCUAGGAGUGUACCUUAGUUCUGCAGUUACCCAGAACUCUCACACAAGUGCAGUAGCCUCAGUGAUGUACACUGUGGUCACACCUAUGCUGAACCCCUUCAUCUACAGUCUGAGGAACAUAGACAUAAAGAUGGCUCUGAAAAGAAUCAUUGGUGUUCCAGCAAUGUAA